CCUUCACGCCGUGAUUGGCUCAAAGGUGACGUUCUGGUGAACGUAAGCCCGCUGAUUGGUGAGUGGUUUAUCCGGCUGCCAAUCAGCCAGGCGGCCCCAGGCGUGCAGUAGCUGGGAAACAUAAUCAUUUGCCGUGGAGUGAUCUGACGGAGGGAGAGGGAGCGUAUGUAUGUGUGUGUGUGAGAGAGAGCGAGUGAGUGUGCGCGCGAGCGAGUGUGUGUGUUUGCUGUAGCUGGACUGUCGCUGCACUCAACAGCACGCUUGCGAAUUUUUGCAUGACAGGAGCGGAUGAGGAUCCUGUCGCCGGUCAUCGACCGCUGCCCGUCUUUCGUCUCUCUGCGCGUGCUCCUAAUUAAUCAGCGGCAUGUGGAAUUGCGCGAGGAUAACACACUGGCUUUGCGUAGCGUGCCUGCUGUUAACGACGUGGACCAAGGUGUCCUGGGCUUCGGGCUAUUUCGAGCUGCAGCUGAUCAGCGUGGAGAAUGUAAACGGGGAGCUGUCGGACGGGGAUUGCUGCGACGGCGCGCGCAACUCGCUGGACCUGCGGUGCACGCGCGACGAGUGCGACACGUACUUUAAAGUGUGCUUAAAGGAGUAUCAAAGCGAGGUGACCACCUCUGGCGUGUGCAACUUCGGCAGCGGAUCUACCGGCGUGUUGGGUGGAAAUAUAUUCUCUUUUAAAAACGCUAAGGGCAACAGUAACAAGAUCAGCGACGCCGGGAAGAUCGUCAUCCCUUUCCAGUUUGCAUGGCCGCGAUCCUACACACUCAUCGUGGAGGCCUGGGAUUGGGACAAUACCACUCAAAGCAGUGAGGAGCUGCUGAUUGAGCGACAUGCUCACACAGGCAUGACGAACCCUGGGGACCCAUGGCAGGUCAUUGUCCAUCCUGGCACCGUAGCCCGCCUGGAGUACCGCGUCCGCAUCAAGUGCGACGAGAACUACUACAGCGCCAAGUGUAACAAGCAGUGCCGGCCCCGUGACGACUACUUUGGGCAUUACCGCUGCGAUCCUUCUGGAAACAUUGUCUGUCUGGAGGGAUGGAUGGGACAAGACUGUCGAACUGCAAUCUGUAAGCAGGGCUGUAAUCUGAUUCACGGAGGCUGCUCAGUGCCUGGGGAAUGCACGUGUAACUAUGGCUGGCAGGGUCAGUUCUGCGACGAGUGUCUGCCCUACCCGGGCUGCGUCCAUGGAACCUGUGAUGUCCCGUGGCAUUGUAACUGCGAGAAGAACUGGGGUGGACUGCUGUGUGAUAAAGAUCUGAACUACUGUGGGACGCACCAUCCCUGCGUGAACGGAGGCACCUGCAUAAACUCGGAGCCGAACGAGUAUAACUGCGCCUGUCCUGAGGGAUACUCUGGCAAGAACUGUGAGAUAGCUGAGCAUGCCUGCGUUUCCAACCCAUGUGCCAAUGGUGGCACCUGCCAUGAGGUUUCGUCUGGCUUUGAGUGUCAGUGUCCUCCAGGCUGGGAGGGUCCCACCUGUGCUAAAGACAUGGACGAGUGUGCCUCCAGUCCCUGUGCUCAGGGGGGAACAUGUAUCGACCUGGAUAACAGCUUCGAGUGUCUGUGUCCUCCGCAGUGGGCUGGGAAGACCUGCAGGAUUGACGUGAAUGAGUGUAUGGGGAAGCCUUGCAAAAAUGCUUACACUUGCAAAAAUUUGAUUGGUGGAUAUCACUGUGACUGCUUUCAAGGAUGGUCUGGACAGAACUGUGACAUCAAUGUAAAUGGCUGCCAUGGACAAUGCCAGAAUGGCGCGACCUGCAAGGAAGGGGCACUGGGAGGAUACCACUGCCAGUGUCCACCUGGCUUUGUAGGCACCCACUGUGAGGUCGAAAGGAACAAAUGUGCCAGCAGCCCCUGUCAGAAUGGUGGUCGCUGUCACGUGGUGCUGGAUAGCUUCGUUUGUGAAUGCAUGCCUGACUAUGCUGGGAUGCUGUGUGAGGUGCAAAGCCGUUGGAACUCGAACCUCUGUGAGCCCAACCCAUGUAAGAAUGAAGCAACCUGCCACAGCAUGCUGGGAGAUUUUUACUGCGCAUGCACUGAGGACUAUGAGGGGAAGACCUGUGCGGAUCGCAAGGACCACUGCAGGACCGCCCCCUGCCAAGUGAUUGACAGCUGUACAAUCACUGUGGCGAGCAACACCUCGGUCGGAGGCGUGAGACGCAUCUCGUCCAAUGUAUGUGGGUCUCAUGGCCACUGCAUCAGUCAGCCCAGCGGCAACUUCACCUGCACCUGUGACCCUGGUUACACUGGCACUUAUUGCCAUGAAAAUGUGAAUGACUGUGUGAGUAGCCCAUGCCGCAAUGGCGGAACCUGCAUCGAUGGGGUCAACUCUUUCCAGUGCUUCUGUCCUGAUGGCUGGGAGGGCAAACUAUGUGACCUGAACGUGAAUGAGUGCAGCAGGAACCCGUGUAAGAACGGUGGCCACUGUCAAGACCUGGUCAAUGACUUCUAUUGCGAGUGUGCUGAUGGCUGGAAGGGUAAGACAUGCCACUCACGCGAGAGCCAGUGCGACUCCAGUACUUGUGCCAACGGGGGUACCUGCUAUGACCAUGGAGACACCUUCCGCUGUGCUUGUCUGCCUGGCUGGGGUGGGCGCACCUGCAACACGGCAAAGAACAGCACAUGUGCUUCCAGUCCAUGUGUUAAUGGAGGAACAUGUGUGGGAGGAGGCGACACGUUUACCUGCAUUUGUAAGGACGGCUGGGAGGGACCUUCCUGUUCACAGAACACCAAUGACUGCAACCCUCACCCUUGCUAUAAUGGAGGAAUCUGCGUGGAUGGCGUAAACUGGUUCCGCUGUGAGUGCGCCCCAGGCUUCGCCGGGCCUGACUGCCGCAUCAACAUUGACGAAUGCCAGUCAUCGCCCUGUGCGUACGGAGCUACGUGUGUGGAUGAGAUCAACGGCUUCCACUGCAUAUGUCCACUCGGGCGCUCUGGACCUCGAUGCCAAGAGUUCAUAGGCAUUGGGAAGACGUGUCAUUAUACUGGACUGCAGUUCCCUCAUGGUAGCCGCUGGGAGGAAGACUGCAACACCUGCCAGUGUAUUAAUGGCAAAGUAGAGUGUACAAAGGUGCUGUGUGGCAGGCGGCCGUGCCUACUUCCAGGAGCCCCUGGGAGAGAGAAUCACGUCUGUCCAGCAGGUCGCGAGUGCCUAGAGCACAGCUUCCUCACCUGCCUCUCUCCCCCAUGCCACCACUGGGGCUUCUGCUCAAGUCCUGACACCCCACCAGCUGUUCACACCAAGUGUGAACCCAAUACAGACUACCUGGGCAACAGCUGUGCCCGAAUUACACUCAUCUUCAACCGGGACAAGCUACCAACAGGUACAACAGUGGAGAAUGUGUGCUCGGAACUGAGGUACCUGCCUGCUACACGGAACCUCGCCAAAGACGAUGCCCUAUUGGUUCUUUGUGAACUCUCCUACUCCAACCAGGAUGCAGUAGAGGUAGCCAUGUCCUUCCAGCAGGACGAGCAGCCUGACCACAGUCGGAUCCAGGAGGCGGCCAGCACCAUCGUCAGCACGCUGUCCAAGCGCCACAACAGCACCAUCAUGCUGGCUGUCAUCGAGGUCAAAGUGGAGACGCGGGUCGUGCCUCAGUCUGUGGAUUACCUAGUGCCUGUGCUGUGCGUGGUCUUCUGUGCGCUCUGGGUGUUCUGCGUGAUCGUGUGCGUGUGGUGGACGCGUAAGCGGCGAAAAGAGCGUGAGAGGCGCGAGCGUGCACCUGUGGAGGAGAGCGUCAACAACCAGUGGGAGCCACUGCGACCAGUGACACGGCAGCAGUACAAGGACAACCGCGAUGCUGAAUACGAGCGCGUCAAGCUGAUGGGCAACACCGAGCGGGCGUGCAAAGGCAGUGAAGAAGACCAGCUGGAGGAAGAGGAUGGGGAGGAAGAGGAACUAGAGCUGUGCGAGGAGUGGUGUGGGACAGAGGGUGGCAAGAGGCCCAUCCAAAAGUACUCGAAAGCAACAGUGCAAGUGAACAGCGAGCUGAUCUGCACCACACGCAGCAGCAAUGCGCCCCUCAAAGCUCCUCACCGGACAGCCCACAGCCACAAAGACAACCGCUGGAAAAACACAAACAGCGCCACUGGCCAAGACCCCAAAGAGCUGUAUGUAUAGACGCUAAAGCACAGACCCGGGCACAGAGACAGGCUCUUUUUCUGACGAAGAAAACAACAGACUGUUGAGUUCGAGAGAGAGACGGAGAGCUUAUUAUUAUUAUUAUUAUUAUUAUUAUUAUUUUCCCCUCUUUUCAUUUUCACCUUCUUUUUAUUUAAUGCGCUGAGAUAUUUUGAGUCCGAGAGACUUUUUUUCCUCUUGAAACAUUAUUUUUUUUAUUUCUAAUGUACAGAUGAAGUGAAUUUGUUUUACUUUAUAAGAAAAGG